UUCUAUAUAGUCAACAGUUUAAUUUAGUUCAUAGCAGACACAAUGGAAUUUAGUUCACAAUUUCCGUUGGAUUUUGGUGAUUCUUGACAAACCAUGGCGGACGAGGUGGUUUUGUUGGAUGUCUGGGCCAGCAUGUUUGGUAUGAGGGUGAGGAUUGCAUUAGCUGAAAAGGGUGUUGAGUAUGAGUACAAGGAAGAGAAUCUCAGGAACAAGAGUGAUUUGCUUCUGCAAAUGAAUCCAGUUCACAAGAAGAUCCCAGUUCUCAUCCAUAAUGGCAAACCCAUUUGUGAAUCUGCAAUUAUUGUGCAGUACAUAGAUGAGGUUUGGAAGGACAAAGCUCCAAUCUUGCCCUCUGACCCUUAUGAGAGAGCUCAAGCUAGAUUCUGGGUGGAUUACAUUGACAAAAAGGUAUAUGAUACUUGGAGGAAAAUGUGGCUUUCAGAAGGAGAAGAGCAUGAGGCAGGGAAGAAGGAGUUGAUUUCUAUCUUUAAGCUGCUAGAGGAGACACUGGGUGACAAAUCAUUUUAUGGGGGUGACACCUUUGGGUUUCUUGAUCUUGGUCUGAUCCCAUUUUAUACCUGGUUUUAUACUUUUGAGACGUUUGGCAACUUCAAAAUGGAAACAGAGUGUCCUAAACUGAUGGAUUGGGUCAAGAGAUGCAUGCAGAAAGAGACUGUGUCCAAAACUCUUCCUGAUGAGAAGAAGGUCUAUGAACAUGUUCUGGGCAUGCUGAAAGCAAUUCGUGAAUCAAAUCAUUAAAACCUUUUACUUGUUAAAUAUGGUAUUGUAAAAUUAGUAAUUUUGUGUUGCCUUUUGGUGACAAUGGUUUGCUAGACACUUGGGUGUGUCUGACAUUUGGAACUUUGUGAGGCAUGAAUGUUUUAUGCUGUGCACUUAUGAAUUAUGAUCAAUAAAUAGCCAUUUCAUUUUGCAUAUAAAUAUAA